ACUGCCAGGAGCUGUCCACGCAGCGCCGGUGCUGAAGCUGAACAAGAUGGCUGUGUGUUGGGCAGCGGAAAGCUGAGAGAAAAGGGGGGCAAAGAGUCUUAAAAUAAGGAAGACAGGCCAUAAAAAAGACAGAAAGGAUUGCGAAGCUGGCGUUCACUCUCGAAGUGUAAAGAUCUUUUAUUUUUGUCAGGCCGAAGAGUCCUGCCAGGCCCGGUCUCUGCCACUGACGGCUGGCUUCUCCAUCUCCAGCCCGACGCUUCAUUCUCAGGCUGAAUUCUGCGCAGAUUGGCUCAAUUACGGAAGCUGGUGAAGAAGCUGGACCCUGCACUAUUAGCGCAUUUAAGAAAUGUCAUUGCUGUGUGUUGGAGUGAAGAAAGGCAAGCUCGAUAGACCCCAAGAGAAAUUUAACACAUACGUGACACUGAAGGUGCAGAAUGUUAAGAGCACAACCAUCGCUGUGCGUGGCAGUCAGCCAUGCUGGGAGCAGGACUUCAUGUUUGAGAUCAACCGGCUGGAUCUGGGCCUGACAGUGGAGGUGUGGAAUAAAGGCCUGAUCUGGGACACCAUGGUGGGCACCUUAUGGAUCCCCCUGCGCAACAUACGGCAGUCCAACGAGGAGGGUCCAGGCCAGUGGCUGACCCUGGACCUGAAUGCGAUCAUGGCUGAAAAUGAGAUCUGUGGAACCAAAGACCCAACCUUUCACAGGCUGCUGCUUGACACCCGCUUUGAACUGCCACUAGACAUUCCUGAGGAAGAAGCAAGAUACUGGGCCAAGAAACUUGAACAACUAAAUGCCAUGAGAGAUCAAGAUUACGCCGAUCAAGAAGAACAGGAGCGACCACUCCAUGCACCGGCCACGCAGUGCUGUAAUUGGAGUCUCUGGGGAGAACAGCAGAACGAGGAUCAAGACAGCGCCGUUGACGACAGGGACAGCGACUACCGCAGUGAGACCAGUAACAGUAUCCCACCUCCCUUCUACACCACCUCCCAGCCCAACGCUUCCAUGCACCAGUAUCCCAUCAGGAACCAGCAGUACAUACACUCAUACAGCGAUGAAAUCCAUGAGCUGGGCUACGACACCAGAGCCCUGAGACGCAAUGAUAGUUUAGACUCGGCCACCAACGGGCGCAGCGAUAUCGACUCAGGCUCAGGGUCGAGCCGGUGCACCAGUCGUCAGUAUUCUCUAGACAGUAGGCAUUCACUGUCCGAUAGUCCCACAGACAGUCGUUACGCCUCGUCGGGCGAGUUGAGUCGAGGCAGCUCUCAGCUCAGCGAGGAAUUUGUUGCUGAGGAAGGCGGGAGCUUGCGAGGAUCGGAGUUCUACGAUGAAAACGACUCUUACCACUCCUGCCACUCCUCCGUCAGCUACGGCAAGGAGGGUUCCCCAGUCUGGGAUGGGGAGGACCCCCAAGGCAUAUACAGCGACGAAGGAGGCUACAUCAAAGAUGGAGGGGAAGAGGGGGCGCUGUAUGCCGAAGAGGAUGCUGAGAUAUACGUGGAAGAAGGAGAGUACACCUACGAAGAUGGAGAGGAGAUGCCUUUUGAGGAAGAUGAAGAUAUGUAUCAGCUUGAUGGCACACUCAGUGAAGACCAGGAGCCGCCCUACACCCCCACACCCACAAGCACUGCCCCAACCCUCAUACCCACCUCUGAUGGUCUGUCCUCCCCCAGACCUCCACUGGAGAAGCAGGCUUCGUUGCACCAGCAGCGGCCGGUCCAGGAUUCGCUCCCCCCCCCCAGCACAGCUUCUAACCUCCUUCCAGUCACGCAGGACGACACGUUGCCCCCUUUCAGUGCAGAACCCUCAAAACCCCCGUUUGUACCCACCCAGCCUGCUCUGUCAACCACCAUCACAUCCACCCCCACAUCCACCCCCACAACCACACCGCAGUUUCCAGCUCCAUAUACCGAGCCGCUGGAGCCUGAACCCAAAUUUGAGGAGCCACUGGAGGAACCUCGGUCUCCUGAGAUUACUCCUGAAACAGAGAGUGUCCCCACGCCUCCUGAACAAAAACCAGAGGAGCCCCCUGUCCCAAGCUUCCCAAGGAGGGAAAUCAUGGAGCCUGGUCUUGCCAGAGCCAAAGCCAACUGGCUGCGACUUUUCAGUAGAGUACGACUACAGCUGCAAGAGGCCCGGGGAGAAAGUGUUGGCAUUGCCUCUCUGCUUUUAUCAGCAGGGAUGGGUGGCGCUCUCUAUAGCAUUGACAGCAUGCCAGACCUCAGGAAGAGGAAAGCUAUGCCUCUCGUCCGAGAUCUGGCUAUGUCAUUGGUUCAGAGCUCCAGGAAGGCAGGCAUCACCUCAGCCCUGACGUCCAGCACCCUGCACAACGAAGAACUGAAGAGUCAUGUAUACAAGAAGACCCUCCAGGCCCUCAUAUAUCCAAUCUCCUGCACAACCCCGCACAAUUUCGAGGUGUGGACAGCCACCACACCUACCUACUGCUAUGAGUGUGAGGGGCUGCUGUGGGGUAUCGCUCGCCAGGGCAUGCGCUGUACCGAGUGUGGAGUCAAAUGCCACGAGAAGUGCCAAGAUCUACUCAAUGCCGACUGUCUGCAAAGAGCAGCAGAGAAGAGCUCCAAACACGGCGCUGAGGACCGAACGCAGAACAUCAUCAUGGUUCUUAAAGACCGCAUGAAGAUCCGCGAGAGGAACAAACCUGAGAUCUUCGAACUCAUUCAGGAGAUGUUCGCCGCCCCCAAGGCCACCCACGUCACCCACAUGAAGCAGAUCAAACAGAGCGUGCUUGAUGGCACUUCUAAAUGGUCGGCCAAGAUCUGCAUCACAGUGUUGUGUGCUCAGGGUCUACAAGCCAAGGAUAAGACCGGCUCCAGUGAUCCAUACGUCACUGUCCAGGUGGGAAAGACCAAAAAGAGGACCAAGACCAUCUAUGGCAACCUCAACCCUGUCUGGGAGGAGACUUUUAAUUUUGAAUGUCACAACUCAUCGGACCGCAUCAAGGUGCGAGUGUGGGAUGAGGACGACGACAUUAAGUCUCGUGUGAAGCAGAAGUUCAAGAGGGAGUCAGACGACUUCCUCGGUCAAACUAUCAUCGAGGUCCGCACUCUGAGCGGAGAGAUGGACGUCUGGUACAAUCUGGACAAGCGCACAGACAAAUCUGCUGUGUCUGGAGCUAUCCGCAUGCACAUUAAUGUAGAGAUCAAAGGAGAGGAGACGGUGGCCCCCUAUCACGUUCAGUACACCUGUUUGCAUGAAAACCUCUUCCACUAUGUAACAGACAUCCAGAACACCGGUGUUGUGAAGAUCCCCGACGCCAAAGGGGAUGACGCAUGGAAGGUGUACUUUGAGGAGACUCCCCAGGAAAUUGUGGAUGAGUUUGCAAUGCGUUAUGGAGUGGAGUCCAUCUACCAGGCCAUGACUCACUUUGCCUGCCUGUCAUCUAAGUACAUGUGCCCGGGUGUGCCUGCGGUGAUGAGUACCCUCCUGGCUAACAUCAACGCCUACUACGCUCACACCACCCAGGCCACCAACAACGUCUCUGCCUCUGACCGCUUUGCUGCUUCUAACUUUGGGAAAGAGAGAUUUGUCAAGCUACUAGACCAGCUUCACAACUCUCUGAGGAUAGACCUGUCCAUGUACCGCAACAACUUCCCUGCCAGCAGUCCUGAGAGGCUGCAGGACCUCAAGUCCACCGUGGACCUGCUCACCAGUAUCACCUUCUUCAGGAUGAAGGUUCAAGAGCUCCAGUCCCCCCCCAGAGCCAGUCAGGUGGUGAAGGAUUGUGUGAAAGCUUGUCUCAACUCCACCUACGAGUACAUCUUCAAUAACUGCCAUGAGCUGUACAGCCGAGAGUAUCAGACAGACCCGGCCAAACAGGGUCCCGUGCCUCCGGAGGAACAGGGUCCGAGCAUCAAGAAUCUGGACUUUUGGUCCAAACUCAUCACACUUAUCGUCUCCAUUAUCGAGGAGGACAAGAACUCCUACACUCCCUGCCUAAACCAAUUUCCCCAGGAGCUCAACGUGGGUAAAAUCAGUGCUGAAGUGAUGUGGAACCUGUUUGCUCAGGAUAUGAAGUAUGCAAUGGAGGAACAUGAAAAAAAUCGCCUGUGCAAGAGUGCGGAUUACAUGAACCUGCACUUUAAGGUCAAGUGGCUGUUCAACGAGUACUGCAAAGACCUGCCCUUCUUCAAGAGCAGAGUGCCUGAAUAUCCUGCGUGGUUCGAGCCAUUUGUCAUUCAGUGGCUGGACGAAAACGAGGAGGUGUCUCGGGACUUUCAACAUGGUGCUUUGGAAAGAGACAAAAAAGAUGGGUUCCAGGUCACAUCCGAACAUGCUCUGUUCUCCUGCUCGGUGGUGGACGUGUUUUCUCAGCUCAACCAGAGCUUUGAAAUCAUCAGGAAGCUAGAGUGUCCGGAUCCACAGAUCGUAGGACACUACAUGAAGCGAUUUGCUAGGACCAUCAGCAAUGUGCUCUUAUCUUAUGCUGAUGUCAUUUCCAAGUUGUUUGCCAACUAUGUCACCAUGGAGAAAGUGCCCUGUAUCCUGAUCAACAACAUCCAACAGCUGAGGGUUCAGCUGGAGAAAAUGUUUGAAGCUAUGGGUGGAAAAGAUCUGUGUGUGGAAGCCAGCGAUUUUCUUAAGGACUUGCAGAUUAAGCUCAACAAUGUCAUGGAUGAUCUCAGCAGGGUCUUUGCUGUCAGUUUCCAGCCUCACAUAGAGGAGAAUGUGAAGCAGAUGGGAGACAUCUUGGCUCAGGUGAAGGGAACCUCGAAUGUGGGAAACGCCAGCAGCGUGGCCCAGGAUGCCGACAACGUCCUGCAGCCUAUCAUGGAGUUCCUUGACAGCAACCUGACUCUGUUUGCUAAGAUCUGUGAGAAGACAGUGCUGAAACGUGUGUUGAAGGAGCUGUGGAAGCUGGUGAUGAACACCAUGGAGAAGACCAUUGUCCUGCCGCCACUCACGGACCAAACGAUGAUUGGGAGGCUGAAGAAUGCUUCUCACAGUGAUGGCACUCAGCUCAUCUUUAACGCCGCCAAGGAGCUGGGACAGCUGUCCAAACUGAAGGAGCACAUGGUUCGAGAGGAAGCUAAAGCACUCUCCCCGAAGCAGUGCGCAGUGAUAGAGCUGGCCCUGGACACCAUCAAGCAAUAUUUCCAUGCUGGUGGUGUGGGUCUGAAGAAGACUUUCCUGGAGAAGAGUCCCGACCUCCUGUCUCUGCACUACGCCCUGUCGCUCUACACCCAGGCUACAGACAAACUCAUUAAGACCUUUGUCUCCUCACAAAACGCACAAGUGUUCGGCGGGAAGGGGGUGAGGUUCACCACUAGUGAGGAUGUUUACCCAGAAAAGGGAUCUGGAGUGGACGAUGCUGUCGGAGAGGUGUCCAUCCAUGUAGAGAUUUUCACCCAUCCUAACACAGGAGAGCACAAGGUCACAGUGAAAGUGGUGGCUGCCAAUGACCUGAGGUGGCAGACGCAGGGAAUAUUCCGGCCAUUUGUGGAGAUCUAUAUCAUCGGCCCUCACCUCAGCGAUAAGAAGAGGAAGUACGCCACCAAGUCGAAGAACAACAGCUGGGCCCCUAAAUACAAUGAAUCCUUCAUUUUCACGCUGAGCAGCGAGGUGGGGCCUGAGUGCUACGAGCUGCAGGUGUGUGUGAAGGAUUACUGCUUCGCGCGAGAGGACCGCACCGUGGGCAUGGCCGUCCUGCAGCUGAAGGACAUGGCCUCCAAAGGCAGCGUGGCCUGCUGGCUGCCGCUGGGGAAACGCAUCAACAUGGACGAGACGGGCCUCACCGUCCUGCGCAUCCUCUCCCAACGCAACAACGACGACGUGGCCAAGGAGUUCGUCAAGCUCAAGUCGGACCAGCGCUCGGCAGAGGAAGGCCGCAGCUAAAAGACACAAUUAGUUUUUAAAAUGUUUGAAGCUCAACCAGACGUUGAUACCUACUGCCCUGGAGCUCUCCUGAGCCUCUGCUAGCCACUGCCCUGCUGAUCCAGUUUUGUAAAAGCACAGAUAACAGUCACCACACAUCCAGUGCUGUAAAUACACCCAUGUCAGUAGGUAGAGUACAGUGCUGAACAACUCAUCUUUAAUUUUCCUUAAAAACGCACCCGUGUCUUUAACGGUGCAGAUAUUAUCAGCCAUCCUUUUGAUGAAAAAUGACAUAGAGUUUAAUCAUACAGCUUAUAUCUACUUUCCUCUGUCUGUAGAGGUUAGUCACGCCAUUAACACACAUACACCUCAAUUUACUAGUUAAGAAAAUAUAUUGUAGCCUUUCAUAUUUUGGUUUCCAAGUGCCAACAGAUAAUCGCUGAAGUAUAGGACCAGCCCUAAGCACAACUGACCAAUUAAAAACAAUGACUGAAAAAGGCCUAAAACAUUCCAGAUAGGGGAACAGAGAUAAUUUAAAUAUUUAUUUAUAGUUAUUUUCCAAAUUGUAUUUAUAUUCAAAUAAUUUAAUAUAUCAUAAUAUACAAUAUAUGAAGGACAUAUGUAAAGUUUUAUGCAGGAUUGUUCAAUGGAUGCGUGGGAUUUGAAAGAUUGUCCUAGUCUGUCUUUCUGUCCGUCUACCCGGUAACAGAGCACACUGCCUGACACCCUCAAUGCCUUCUGUCUCGUUGACCCUCGUAUCGUCUUGAUGGAGAGAUGAAUCUGAUGAAAACACGCCUUCAAGCACUGUGAUUCAUCUCUGUGUGUGUGUGUGUGGUGUGUGUGUGGUGUGUGUGUGUGUGUGUGUGUGUGUGUGUGUGUGUGUGUGUGUGUGUGUGUGUGUGUGUGUGUGUGUGUGUGUGUGUGUGUGUGUGUGUGUGUGUGUGUGUGUGUGUGUGUGUGUGUGUGUGUGUGUGUGUGUGUGUGUGUGUGUGUGUGUGUGUGUGUGUGUGUGUGUGUUUUUGAGCAUGUGUGGAGCUCAUGAUGUGUGUUUGUAAAAUGUUCCACUGUUGACAUCAUGUAGCCGCCCGUGUUGCCUGUUACCUGCAAAUAUAAUCACAGAAAGCCAUCACAAGCUAAGAACUUCACACGGUUCACAUUCAGAUUAGAUUUUAGAGGAUUUACAAAGUGUCUUUUACUCGAGGGAGGAUCGUUCUUAUAUCUUAUGAUGGGGGAUUUACAUUUUGUUUUUGUGCUACUGUACACAUUCCCAACUGCCCUGUACUGGGUGUGUGAGCGGGUCAUGAAAGAGGAUGACAAAUCUUGACUGCCAAUGGUAAAAUGCUCUGAGGCAAAAUAUCUAUGUGUGUUGUAAAAAACCACAUCGCACCACAUGAAGAGCAUGAGUAAGUGAUUACCCAUGAUCCCUCAGCUGCAGGUGCUAUAACCCUGAUACCUAGAAGCCAGACCUCUGAUAAAGGGCUGCAGAUCCAGAGCACACCAGGUCUGGAUCUGACAUUUAAAAGGGGGCCUACAGCUUAGUAGAGAUGUAGUGUGGAAAUCUAGAAGCACAGGGUCUUUACUGCACCCAUAAUAACACAUCUAUACUCCGAUCAUCUCGUUUAUUGUCCAGAAAUUGCUUUUAAAAUGACAGGAAUUUCACAUCGAGGCUUCAAUUCAUCCUAGAGAUAUGUUAAAACUAAGUGUUUGAAUUGACUGUCCAGCAUGACUCUUAAUUCUAUUUUCAUGAAUGCCCGUUUUUUAAAAGAUUGAUUGGUUUAUUUAUAUAUACGAGAUGUGUAUGUUUGUCGUGAAGGAAAAAAAAGAAGCAUCCAGGCUGUUUUAAAAAAGAAGAAAAUCUACAGGGUGUUGUUAGUUUUUUCUAUUUCUGCCUCUUUUUUAAGUUCCCCCCCCCCCCCCCCCCAAAGCACUCGUUUGUAAAUGUUUAACAGGACCCCUCUUUUGAACAAAGUGUAAGAACUGAACUCUAUGCAUCUAGUCUAUAAAAAUCUAUGUCGAUGAGUAAUUUUCAAAGCAGUCUUAUAAUGUUUACAUUGUGGAUUAUUCUUAUUAUAUCAGCAAGUGUUUGUCUGAUAUGUUGUACAUGCUGUCUCUCGUAAUGGGCCAAAUGUCGCAGCUGUAGUAGAGCUGAUUAGAGUCUGAGAUUCGUUUGUACAGCCUUUCAGCGCUGAGGAAAUUAAUCUGGAACGGAGAGAUCGAUUAUUGUCGUUGGGCGUCGUAAAUAGCUCGAAACACGUCAGACUAUGUGAAGUGAAGUUUGCUGCUCUUUUGUAGACUUGAAUAUUUGCUCUGGGUGCAGUUGACGGUUUUGUGUGUGUGGGUGCCCAAUUUGGAUAUGUAGCUAUAAACGAAAGAUAUAUGAAGACCAUGUACACACUGGCGAUGGAAAACAAGCCAAUUGGAUCAUUUGAUUUUCUCGAUUAAGAGCCAAAUGAACAAACUGCUAGCUUCUAACUUUAAGUAAAAUAACCCAUCUACCUAUUUAAGUAAACUACAUUUAAACAUGUUGUCCCUUUCCGGUGAGUACAACGUUUACAAAGGACCUCUGCACACGUCUUUUAAUAACUUUAAAAAACAGGUACACAACUGUCACAUAGCUGGAAAUGCCACGAAAAAAUUAUCUUUAUUUAUUGCUGUUGACAAUGAUACUUCAGUCUCCUCCCUCAGAGGGUUAGUUUGCGUGUUGGGGUGUUGAAUUGGCAUGUACACACUUGAACACAGAAGUUAAGGACGAGUAUAAAUGUAGAAGCACAAAGAAAAGCACACAGACAGACAUGCAUGAUCUGUCCUGUCUUGCUGACCCGGCCACGCAGACAGACGGCUGCUCAGACAGUCCUGUACUGCCAGAAAAAGUGCAUGAUAGGAACAAUGAAACUAAAAAGAAAAAAAUGUAUUGUGCCAGCACGCAUAACUACUUGAUGUUAAAUUGCCAAUUGUUGUCUCCUUUUAUUUUGAUAUUCAUUAUUGUUUUCUAUUUUUCAAAUGUUUGUGAAUAUAUAAAUAUUACUGAUGAUGUGUAGUGAUACAAAGUACUCGCAUGAGAAUUUUUUUAUACACGAGAUGUUUCUAAUUUUUUGCGUUUUUUUUAUUCUGGUUGUUCUUAUUGGGGGUUGAGGUUACUGGGACUGCAGUCUCGUUGUGUUUCUGCUUCCAAUAAAAUAUGAAAAAAGG